CGCAUUUUCUAAGCACCGGAAACGUGCUCGCGAGCACUGAUGUGUUAUUUUGCUUGGGUAUUAUUUGGUAGUUGUUUGGUUUUGAAGAUCAUUCUUUACAAAUAAAAAAAAUCAGAUCCGUUCGUUUUUUAGAUGCCUAAAGAGAAAGUGGUUAUCAGGUGAAAUAGUCGCACGAGAAGGAAAACUCAGGGGGAGAUGGCGCCGAAAGGAAAAGUUGGAACCAAAGGCAAAAAACAAAUCCAUGAGGAAAACCAGGAUACUCUGAGGUUCUAUAUUAGAAUCAUCCUGGGAGCAAACGCUAUUUAUGCAGUGGUCAAUCUCUUGCUCUUUUAUAACUCAUCUACAUUUUGGACAUGGUUCUUUCUCCUGUUCGCGGUGGCGGUCUACAUUGGCGGCUACAGAUCUAUGUCAGCAAUGGCCAAGCCUGCAUUUGCUGAAGAUGGUAGCUUGCUGGAUGGAGGGAUUGACCUUAAUAUGGAACAGGGCAUGGCAGAACACCUGAAGGAUGCGAUUCUUCUUACUGCUAUUGUUCAGGUCCUCAGCACUCUGUCAUCCUACUUCUGGUACUUCUGGCUCUUGGCACCUGCAAGGGCUUUGCAUUUAUUGUGGGUGAGCUUACUGGGCCCCUGGUUUUCUGCUGAAUCACAGGCAGCCCCUGAAGAGAACGAGAAGAAUGAAAAGAAACAGAGGAGACAGGAAAGACGACAGAUGAAGAGAUUCUAGACUUGUCUGUUUAUUAUUUUUUACAUUUAUUGUACAAUUACAUAGAACAUGCAAUCUAAAUUAUUCUGAGAUAUUUGAUAUGACAGGUUAGUCCAGACAAUAGAUGAGCACUGUAAAGUGUCUUUGACUUUCUCUCACGCGUCAUCAGCUGCUCUGUCCUUUUCAGCCCUUUGGUUCCUUUCUCUUACUUUGUCCAUCUUAAAAUCUCUUGCUCAGGUGUGCCUCUGAGUGGGGCUCCACAAGUGAGUUAAACUCACACAAAAUGCAUUUGCUUACUAUAGUGAGCUUUCAUAUAAUUAGUUUCAGUUGCUAAUGAGUACUUUUCAGCAGGUGCAGCUACAUGGCCCAUUGCCCUCAGAAAUUUAGACCCGAGGCUGUAUGAGCUUCACCAACCACGCGACGUUUCACAGCACUUUUAGAAUUCCAUCUUUGGCCUUUCAGAAAAUUCUGUUUUUUUUGUUCUGUAUCGGGGGAAUCGUGCUGAUUCUGUAUCAAAGGUAAUUAUCUUUGACAUGUUGUGUUCUGGUGAAGCUGCAGGUGCAGCCUGGUGCUGCCUUGAGGGAACGCAAAGUAGAUAAGGAUAAAAAAUAAUAAUGGACCAAUAAUUGAAUGAUAAUUGAUUUAACAUUUCAAUGGACUAAAAAAAAUUUGCAAAACUGCGUCUUGACAACCUGGUAAAACUAAGUUGCUUCAGCUGAAAUUUAUGGAGACCCAAUGAUUAUAAAUAAACUAUUACAAAAUGAUGAGUUGCUGUGAAUUUUCUUUUAAAUUGAUAUAAUCAUUCCUCAGUUCCUGGCUCAUUCGGACCCAGUCCUGGAUGAGCAUAGGACAGUGGAAUGGAUUAUUCGGGCAGUGUUCCCAACCCUGUUCCUGGAGACUGUCCCAACACAACAUGCUUUAGAUGUCAAACACACUUGAUUCAACUCAUGAGCUUUUUAGUAGUGUAUUUAAAGACCUGGAGCCGUAUGUAUAAAGCCGCUGUGUGUCAGUCAAAAGUGUGUCAAUUCUAAGAAUGACGUAAUUUUACUCAUU